CUUUGUCCCCUCGGGAUUCUAACCGUGAUGGGGACAAAGGUGAAAACUGGGAGGAAACUGCUGCUUCUCUUUAUAUCAGUGAACCUGUUCUUCCUGGUGCUGGGCAAGAGUACAGUGUACACGUCUAGUCCUGAAGUCCGAGUUCCUGAGAAUAACCAGGUCAAGUUGGACUGCACCUACUCUGGCUUCAGCUCCCCCCGUGUGGAGUGGAAGUUUGUCCACGGUGACACCACCAGACUCGUUUGCUAUAAUAACAAGAUCACCGCCUCCUAUGAAGACCGUGUUACCUUUUCACCCAGCGGCAUCACCUUCAGUUCGGUGACCCGGGAGGACACUGGGACUUAUACCUGUAUGGUGUCUGAGGACAAUGGCAACAACUAUGGGGAGGUCCACGUCAAGCUCAUCGUGCUUGUGCCGCCAUCCAAGCCCACAGUCAGCAUCCCCUCCUCUGCCACCAUUGGUACCAGGACAGUGCUGACCUGCUCUGAACAGGAUGGUUCUCCACCCUCUGAAUACUCCUGGUUCAAGGAUGGGGUCCUGAUGCCUGAGGAUCCCAAGAGUACCCGUGCCUUCAGCAAUUCUUCCUAUACCAUGGAUCCCAAGACAGGGCAGCUGAUCUUCAGUCCCCUGACAGCUGCGGAUACUGGAGAGUACACUUGUCAGGCGCAGAACGGGUUUGGGCAGCCCAUGAGGUCAGAAGGUGUCCGCAUGGAAGCUGUGGAGCCAAACGUGGGAGGCAUCGUGGCAGCUGUCUUUGUAACACUGAUUCUCCUUGCAGUCUUGAUUUUCGGCAUCUGGUUUGCCUAUAGCCGAGGCUACUUUGAGCGAGCAAAGACAAAGACCUCCUCGAGUAAGAAGGUGAUCUACAGCCAGCCUGCUGCCCGGAGCGAAGGGGAAUUCAAACAGACCUCCUCCUUCUUGGUGUGACCUGGUCUGGCUCAUCUCCUGUUUCUGAUGCCGGUGUUGCUCCAGAGCAACCAGACUCUGGCCCUGACAUCUGUAGAUUCACAGGAUGCCUUGUUUUCUAGACCCACAGGAUCCCCCCACUUUUAUCUUAGGAUAUAAUUUUAAUAGUGUCAGUUUUGUGCGCCUUCCUCUGUACCACCUUCCCUCCCUUUCUCACCACUGCUGAGUGGUUCCCCUGCCCCUGCCCUACGGGGAGAGCGGGCAGGAGCCUGGGUGCCUGCUGAUAUCCCCUGUAAGUAGACGCAUAAGUGGCGGGGCUCCCAGGAACCUCAAACCACUACCUGGCCUGCUGUGGCCUUUGGAUAAGGAUCUUGAGCUGACUCCUAGGCUCUCUGCUCCCCUGGUGGGGACUGAUACCAGCCGUUCUAGAUUGGGGACUGCAGAGAGAGCAGCUGAAAUGGUGGUUUGGUUGUGACAUCAUCUCUUCUGUCUGUGGAGCCUAUUCGCCUGUCUUCCCAUGAAAAGUGCCACCGGGACGCUCCUGCCCUGUCUUCCUGAACACAAGCAAACUGACACUAUGCCUAUAAGAAAAUAAGGAAGCAGAGUAAAUUUUCAGGGACAUGGAGCAAGAAACAUUUAAAACCACUGAUCUAAAGGAAAGAAAGCUGGAACAACUGGAUGGAGCCUUAGGAGAUACCUGAAGCUCUGUGGGGAUGUAUGUGUUAGUCUUCACUCUUUGCUGAGAAAGAGAUAGAGAAUGUGUGUGUGUGUGUGUGUGUGUAUGGGUGGGUGUGGGUGUGUGGUCUAUGUGGCCUUCGAUGUAUGCUGAUUGGUGUGUUGAAGGGCUUCUUAGCUCUUUGGCAAGAUGGAGUUUCUGUGUGUUUGAAUUAGCUGGACGGUUGCUGGAAAUAAAAACUUGGUUUGUCA